AACAUAUUCAGAAAUGAAGAGAAAUACUAUGCCACAGUAUUUUAAAUCUAUUAUUGAUCCACAGAGGAAUAUUAUGUCACAGUACUUUAAAUGUAUUAUUGAUCACAUGAUGAGCUCUAAGGUGUGUGACGUCAGCACGUAGGGCGUCUGACGGGGUCGAGGUGAGGAGGGGGUCGGGAUUCCUAAGGAUUACCCAUCAUGCCCCGCGGGUAAAGAUGGCGACAGCUGAGCAGAGCAGCAGAUCAACUUUAUCCGAGCGGCUCUAAGUGGAUUUCCUCCCGUCGGUUGCUACGUCUCCGCCGGCUGCUCUUCCUGCCUCCGCCCGCUGCUGCUCCGGAGCUCCGGAGCUGCUCCUCAGCCGGAGCUCAGCGCUCCUCCCCGCCCCACCCCACCGGAGGAGCAGACCGGAGCUCCGGCUAAAGUUUCGUCUCCGCUCUGCCUUCCGGGACUUGUUUGCGGAGAUAACCGGGACCGAACCGGCCUUGCAGGACUGACAGCGGUGAAGGAAGAAGUCCCAGGAUGACCAGCGCCGCCCCUGCCAGGAAGCCAUACCGCAAGGCUCCGCUGCAGCACCGCGAGACGCGCCACGCCCCGCCUGUCGGUCCUUCUCCAUCUGCGCCGCAGCCCGACAUCAAUCAGGAGGUGUUAUCUGACUCGGACCGGAUCAGAAUCCUCCAGCAGCAGAAUGAGGAUCUCCAGCGCCGCCUCUCUCUCUCCACCCACAAGAUGGAGGCCAUUGAGGCGGAGUUUGAUGGCGGCCGUCACUACAUGGAGGCGGAGCUAAGCCGGACCAGAGACGACCUAGACAAGAUGAGGGACAAGUUCCGCAGACUCCAGAACAGCUACACAGCAUCUCAGAGAGCCAAUCAGGACCUGGAAGAGAAGCUUCACGCCCUGCUACGGAAGGUGGAGAAGGACAAAAAGACGAUGGACCAGGAAAUCGUGGAGCUCACCAACAAACUGCUGGACGCCAAGAACACCAUCGACCGUCUGGAGGAGCUCAAUGAGCGCUACAGGCAGGACUGUAACCUGGCGGUCCAGCUGCUCAAGUGUAACAAGUCACAUUUCAGGAACCACAAGUUUGCUGAUCUGCCCUACGAGCUGCAGGACAUGCUCAACAAGCACAUGAAGAGCAGCCUCCCUGAGCGAGGCUCCGCCCCCGGCGCCCAGGACCCGGACACGCUGAGCCUGACUCCGGCCGACGUGGUUCCGACCUCGGUCAUCGCCCGAGUCCUGGAGAAGCCGGAGCCGCUGGUCCUGAACUCGGCCCAGUCCAGCAGCUGCAGCCGGCCCGUAUCCGAGGACGUGUUCGUGCACGUGGACAUGACGGCGCCUCCCGGCCCCCCCGGAGCAGAGGCCCCGGGCCGGGAGGCGCCGCGGCAGAACGGGUCCUGCCGCAGCCAGAGCAGCCUGGACGGGCAGUCGGGCGGCGAGGAUGGGGGUGGGGCUCCGUCCUUCGAGAAGCUGAACCCGUACCCGCCCCCGCCGCCCCACCACCCGCUGUACCCGGGUCGCAAGGUCAUCGAGUUCUCGUCGGACGACAAGGUGAAAAUCCCCAAAAACUCCCCGCUGCCGAACUGCACCUACGCCACGCGCCAGGCCAUCUCCCUGAGCCUCGUGCAGACCGACGACGAGCGCCUGGCCCCCGCUAGCCCCACCCCCUCCUCUGGGGUGGGUGGUCUAAACCACCGCACGCCGCCCUCUCAGCGGGACGCCAGCGAGCCGAUGUCUGGCCAGUCCAGUCCGUUCAGCAGCCCGCCACAGGCCCUCAGCGUGCUGGCGAGCUCCGGUAGCUCGGAGGAGGACCUGCUGGCCAACUGGCAGCGGAUGUUCGUGGAGAAGAUGGCGCCGGCUCUCGACGGCUCAGCGGCUCAGCGCACGUCCUUCAGCAGCCAGACGGCUCAGGAGCUGCAAAGGAGGAGGCCGGCGGCGGGGGGGGGCGGGGCCUCCUCCGACCGCCACCGGGCGGCCUACUCGGACGGCGAGGAGGGCUCGUCGGCGCGGAGCUGGACGCCGAGCCGCGGCUCCAGCCUGGACACCGACACCGACACCGAGGCCCGGCCCGGCAGAAGAGGGGGGCGCUACGGGGGGGAGGGCUGCGCAGAGGACGGGGAGCGGCUCCUCGUGCACCUUGACGGCACGGUGGCCAGCCCCGCCCAUGCAGGGGAGGAGUUAGAGGAGGAGGGGGAGGAGUUAGACGAGGGUUUAGAGGAAGAGAUGGACGUCCUCCCCCACGACUUGCCCAUCAUCUCGCCCCUGCAGCGCCCGCAGAAGAGCCCCAAGAGGAUGGGCGUACACCACCUGCACCGCAAAGACAGCCUGACCCGAGCCCAGGAGCAAGGCACGCUGCUGGACUGACCUGCUCCCAUGGCAACGGACCUGUCACUCACACCCAGGAUAAAGCCAUGCUCUACCGAAUGCUGCCGUGUAUGCGUGCGUGUGUGUGUGUAAAUCAUUUUUUGUAAUCGGA